AUGGCUUCUACUUCCUUUCAUUAUUCUCUCUUUCUCCUAAUAAUAACCAUUUUCUCAUCAUCAAAACUAGCCAACGCAGCAACUAAUACACAGAAUUUCCACUACUUCUGUGAUUUCAACAACAGAGGUAACUUCACAAACAACACCACUUACCAAACCAACCUCAAAACACUUUUAUCAUCCCUCACUUCCAACACACAAAUCAACUACGGUUUCUACAAUUUCUCAAACGGCCAAAACACUAACAAAGUAUACGCAAUUGGUCUCUGCAGAGGCGAUGUUAAAAGCCAAAACGACUGCCUCAGUUGCCUCAAAGCUUCAAGCAACAAUCUCACACAGCUUUGUCCAAAUCAAAAAGAAGCAAUUGGUUGGUACGAAGACGAAAAAUGCAUGCUGCGUUAUUCAGACCGAUCCAUAUUUAAUCUCGAAGAAACUGGACCUGCUUACUUUGCAUGGAAUUCGAAAAACGCAACAAAUGAAGAUGAGUUUGAUAAAAAGGUGAAAAAAUUGUUGGAUGAUUUAAGAAACAAAGCUUCAUCAGGGGACAGUAACCUUAAAUAUGCAGUUGGAAGUGAUAAGUUUGGUCUGAAUAAUAAUGAAACAUUAUAUGGUCUUGUUCAAUGCACACCUGAUUUGUCUAAAACAUCUUGUGAUGAUUGUUUGGUUCAAUCUAUCAAAGAAGUUCCAAAUUGUUGUAACAAUAGAAUAGGUGCUAGAAUUGUUAGACCUAGUUGUAAUUUGAGAUAUGAAAUCAAUUCACCCUUCUACCAAACUACUACACCAGAUUCAGCCUCACCAUCACCAUCACCUUCGCCAUCAACGGUGCCGCCAUUCACAGCUACUCCUCCGUUUGCACAAAACACUGCUUCUUCUCCCUCUUCAGAUAAAGGCAAGACGUCAAGAAAUGCAGUUGGUAUAAUCCAGUUGAUGCUGUUUAUAUUGAGCUCAUUCUUAUCAUCUUUUUGAUCAAUUUCUAAGUGGCUAUUUAGGAGCAUUGAAGAACACCAAGAAAAUAUAUAGAAGAAAGUUUUGUUCUGUUAUUGAAAAAGGCAUCCUUAGAAAUAAUGUGAAAUAAUGCCUGACUAAAUAAAAUUAUUACAUUGAAAUACAUAAUUAUUUUGGUAUAAAUCGGAUAUUCUCUAUGUAUAAUUGUAAAAAUUAAUAUAUCGAAUCAAAAAAAUUACAU